UAUCGAAACCUGCUAGCUGAACUUUUAACAUCCGUGCGCAAAACUGAGGAAAGCCUUCGAAAACUUCGAGAAGCUCGUCGCCUUGGCUCUAGUGCGACUGCAGCUGGAUUUUCCAACCAAACGGGGUCCCUUGGGACAGUGUCGUCUGAUGAAGACAAGAUUCGACAUCAGAUCUACUUGGACGCCGAUUCUUUCAGUCAAGAAGUAAGCAGCAUAGUUUUUUUAGUCUUGGUACUGUUCGCUACGAAUUAUGUGGAAUCUCGGAUUUUAAGUUGA